GCAGUUCCCACUUCUAUGGAAACCUACACGAGCUUUGCGAAAUACUACAAGACAGCAUGUUGCAGCGAUCGGUAAUUUUCAAGACACAUUUGGAGACUCUAGAAAGUUUUGGUUGUAACUUCUAACGGUUCCAUGGCUUUCAAAGAGCUCGUGUUUCAGCAGGACUCGAGUAUAGACAAAAUUAAGGAAAGUCUUCACGAAAAUCAAGGUGUUUCUGAGUUGAUUUUUAAAAGCUGUGGAGCACUCUCUUCAGAGAAUGUUGCAUCUCUUUUGGAAGAUAUACACUCUGAUUUAGAUGCACUCACUAUUCAAAACUGUCAAUCAUUUGAUGAUGAAUGUGCUGCCAAGAUCUCAGAACAUUGUACAAAGCUCUCGAGAAUUUCCUUUACUGGCUGCUGUAAGGUGCUGACAUCUUCUGGCAUUUCUUUCUUUGUCAACAACUGUCCAAAUCUAAAAUGUGUGACUGUUAUGUCGACGGAAAGUGAGGAUGAUAACAACAGUAAUAAUGAUGAUGAAAAGAGCUGGACUCUUGGUGAUGACCUUUUUACAUCAUUUCUUCAAAGGUCAGAUUUGAUUCUGGAACAAUUUGCUCUUUGUGGUUUUGAGAAUGUUACAACAAAUGCUCUCAAGCAAUUCUUGGAGCAUGUUGGGUCAAAUAUCAAAGUUUUAGACCUGAGUGAACUUCAAGCAGUUACAGAUGAACUCAUUGAGAGAGUAGUCAAUGCCUGCCCAAGUUUAGAGGACGUGUGUUUAAGCCAUUGCAAGUUAACUGAUCAAGGAGUCAAUGGAUUUUGUGCCAAAUGUAGGGCACUUCAAUCGGUGAACUUCAGUGGCUGUCAAGAUAUCACAGAUGGCUCAGUUAUUGCUCUUUCUACAAACUGUACCUCAUUAAGAAAAGUACAGUUGAGUUGGUGCGUGAAAUUAACUGAAAAAUCAUUAGAGGCUUUGGUAUCAAACUGCCAAGACUUAACAUUUGUUGAUAUGUCACAGUGCGCAAUUAAACAUUUCCCAUUUGAAAUUUUGGAGCAUUUUUCACUUCAAGAAAUCAAAGUGGAAGGGUGCAAAGGUCUCAGAUGUCCACCUUUAGAUAUUGCAAACAAAGGACUUGAAUCUUGUCGGCAAUUCCUGAAGAAGUGUAAUUUACAGUAUUUGUGUCGAAUGACAUUUCUUGGAAACCAAGGAAGUGGUAAAACCAGUUUAAUGUUGAGUCUUCCAACAAUGUCACAGUCAGUUGCUGAUACUUCAACAGAAGGGGUUCAUGUUGGAACUUGGAGACCAUUCAAGAGUGGAAAAGUGUCUUCAAGGAGUCCACCCACUCUUUCUUUGUGAGCAAGCAUUGUACACCAUUGUCUUUAACAUUCAUGAUCCAUUUAAACUUGAAUCUGUUGCAUCCUGGAUGUUACUCAUGCGAUCAAAGGCUCCGACUUCACCAUUCAUCCUGGUCGGAACACAUGCUGAUAAUGCUGAUGAUCGGCAAGAGCUUAAGGAGCAAGUAAUCCAAGCUGUCAAGAAGGCAGACUCCCAAAGCAGACAAGAAUACCAAACUGAAAUAGACAUGUUAAGGGAGCUAGGACAAGAGAAAUGUGUGGAGUCAAGAAUAAACAGACUGCAAAGCCUGGUUGACAACUGGUCCAAACUGCCUGAACAUGUGUACUUUGUUAGCACAUUGAAGGGAAAAGGAAUGCUAGAACUUCAGCACAUCAUAACUGAAACACUGCUGAAUAGUCAGCUGUUUCCACACUUGGUAGAAGAGAUUGGCAACAGUAUUAUAUACCUCUACAGUUCAAUUCUUCAGUUGCAAGAAAACAAGUCAGUGUUGCUGUAUUGGGAUCACUACCUUCAGUUAGCAUCAGAUGCAGGAGUCACAGAUGCCGACAUUGAAAAAGCCACAGCUGUGUUAGAGUGUAAGAUACCAACAUUACUGGAUGAAGAAGAACUGCAGAAUAUAAUCAGCUUAUUCAGAAGUCUUGGUUUCCUGGUGGAAGGUGCUCCUAAAGGGAAUUAUGAUGUGGAACUUGUCAUGUCACAGUAUAAGUCAUGUUCAGUGUUCAAAAGAUAUUAUGUUCCACUGAUGAUGAAGCUUCCAGAAGAACUAAAGGAUACCACUGUCUGGCCUAGUUCCCUCCCUGACGGCACCAUUCAGGUUGGCUGGCGUUACAAAUUUCGCGAUCUCGUGACUGUUGACUGCACCAAGAUGCUAAUAGGCGCAUGCGCAAACUUGAAGCCUUCUUGUGAAGUUUGCGCCUAUUGGAACUAUGGGGUCAUUUUGAAAGUUGGUCCCGUGACCGUGCGAAUGUCACGGGAGAACUCAACUUUGGACGUGAUUGGCCGAUGUAAAGUGACCAUUGGGAGCAAGCAGGCGCUAAACAUGAUGUGGUCUGUUUUGGCAAGGUUUUUCUACGGUAUAGAAACCUUGCUGAUGAACUUCAAAGGGGUUUGCCCAAUGGUACUUGUACCCAUUGUUGGUUGUAACAGACCAAAGCACAAACCACUGUAUGAGCUUGUAAGUGACUACAAUUCACAGCUGAGUCAUCAUACCAACUACCGCUGGUUUAUUCCCCCUGCAGCUUUGGAUGCGGAGGAACACACAGAAAUCCCGUCAGAUACCGUCAGCUGGCUGGCGAACAUCGCAUGUAAAUCUUUGUUGUACAUCAGUUAUCAUGAAGACCAACAACUCGAAGUCAAACUCUUGAAGCAGUUGUUAGACUUGGCGGGAUUUGACUGCGUGGGGGACUGGGUAUUAGCGGGAAAUACAGGCCAAGAACUGAAAGAGAAGCAACGGGACCUGAUCGCUGGCUCAUCUUUAUUCCUUGCCUUCAUCACUCCUCAGUUUUAAAUAACGCUAAUCUGGAAUCGUCGACGACUGUCGACACGCGAACAGACACGGCAGCCUCAAAAGCGAAGAAAAGCGUCGAAUUCUCCGACCUACAAACAUCGAAAACGGAAAAAGCCACAGAAGACCGCGAAAUUGACGACCAAAUCAGGCGUAUGGCCGCCAGUGCGGUUGCCGCUGCGAUAGCAGGCGCCACAGCCAAGCAAAUCGCCAACUCGAAGCAUUCUACGCCAGCAAUUAAAGCGGCAUCUGCUGCGGCGGAAGUGGCGCAAGCCGUUGUAGACGGUAAAAGCGACGCGGCAGCACAGGCGGUGACGAAAGUAGCGAAGAUUGUCGAAGAUGAGACGUCUAGAGUGAACGCUGCGUCGACGCAUAAUGGCUCGGCGACAAGGCCUGCUCCCAAGAGUACGACCUGCGUGUUACUGUAGUGACCAGUGGACUGUCCCUGUGCUUCAGAUCUUUCCUUUUUUUUUGGAAUGAGAAGGAUCUGGGCACCACAAUUCUCAAAGUCGCCAAUGGAAAAACUGCUACAAAUUCAACUGCGAAUUGGAAAAUAUGAAGUAAUCGUCGACGGAUGAAUUGAUGAAUAAUUUUUUUGAAGAUGCGGAAGUAAAUUUUCGUGGCGCAUCGUUGAAAGCACAAUGUGGAAUGCGAAACGAUUUGCGCCU